AUGGAGGCGAGUCAAGUUGGACUAGCUAUCACGCAGUCUAUAUCAUUGACGGGUGUUUUUCAAUGGGGUAUGCGCCAAUCAGCCGAAAUGGAAAAUCAAAUGACUAGCGUGGAAAGAGUAGUGGAAUACGCGAAGUUGCCUCAGGAACCAGCACUAAGGAGCGACCCACAGAAGAAACCACCGUCUGAUUGGCCCACGGAAGGAGCUAUAAAUUUCGACAAUCUCAGUUUAAAAUACGCUCCGGAAGGGAAUUAUGUAUUACACAAAUUACAAAUAAAUAUAAUGCCUCAAGAAAAGAUUGGAAUUGUGGGCAGAACAGGAGCAGGAAAAUCUUCCAUUAUUCAAGCUUUAUUUAGACUGGCUUACUUGGAGGGAAAUAUAUAUAUUGACGGCAUCAAUAUUAUGACUAUAGGUCUGCACGAUUUAAGGGAAAAGUUAUCUAUUAUACCGCAGGAACCUGUUUUGUUCAGCGGUACAAUGAGAAAGAACUUGGAUCCAUUUGACGAGUAUCCUGAUGAGGUUUUGCUAAGAGCUUUAGAGAAUGUUGAACUACAGUCGGAUGAAGAUGAGGCUGCUUUGGUAAACAGCACUGCGCUUCGAGAGUUUCGGAUCAGCCGCAUUUUUUUAAUUUGAAUAUUAAAAAAUACGGGUACAGACGAUUUUUUUAUAUUUUUAUUUUCAAAAUGCUAAAAAUUUCCCGCUAAAACGCUAACCUUGUCAUGGCGUCGAAAUGACGUCACAGCCUUCUAAAACUAACAUAAAUAAUACAACAACAAAAUCGUUCUCUGUAUGUCAAUGUCAAAUCGACAUCUUCCCUAGAGGGAAGACUGUGACGACACGCGCUGUUUGCAGUCACGUGACAAAGAGUAUAAAAUAAGUGUUUAUUCACAAUACAUUUAAAUAAUAUUAUAAUUAACAUAAGGAUGAUCAUCGGUAUUAAUACAUUAAAUACUACCCGAAAAAUAAUGAAUUUAUUUUCCCUUACUACACCCGUAUUGUCAUAACCCAGGUCCCCUAUACAAGGUGGUGUCAGAGGGUGGCUCCAACUUCAGCGUCGGUGAACGACAGCUGGUGUGUCUCGCACGCGCUAUAGUUCACAACAACCGUGUACUGGUGCUGGACGAGGCGACCGCCAACGUGGACGCGGAGACGGACGCGCUCAUACAAACCGCCAUAAGGGAACACUUCAACGCAUGUACCGUGCUAACGAUCGCGCAUAGACUCAACACCGUCAUCGACUCUGAUAAGAUUCUCGUGUUGGACGCUGGACGCCUAAUGGAGUUCGACCAUCCGCACAUUUUACUCCAAAACAAGAACGGAUAUUUCUAUAAAAUGGUAUCAGAAACUGGGUCCGCCAUGGCGCAGUUACUGCGUGAACAGGCUAAAACGAAUUACAAGAACACGCAAUCAAACAAAUAA